GCCGGCACGUGUUUGGUAAGAUAAGUUGAUUAAAUAGUAAAAUUUAGCAUAUUUUGACGAGUUUCAGGUGCCAAGGAUUGAUUGAAAUUAAGUAUUUUAUAUCAUGAAAGAAGCUACAACAAGGAGUAGAUCUCUAGAGAUGGCUAAUUUGCCUACACCAGUUUUCAUAGCGCGCGGGUCGCCGGGCCUGUACUUCGCCAAGGGGCCCAAAUGCCAGCCGUUCUCGGGCACACCUGACGAGAACUUCUCGGACGUCCGCGGCCUAGAGUUCAGCAGCGACGGCUCCCGCAUCGCGUGGGUCACCAGUCAGUGUGUGAAGGUGGCGGAGACGACCAACUGGGAGGUCAUCAUGGAGGCCAACAUCGCCAAGGUGGGCGCCGUCAAGUUCUCCCCCACCGGAAAGUACCUCGGCAUCUGGCAUCCGUUCUUCGUGUCAAAGGAGAAUCCCCAAGGCGGGACGAACAUGUACGUCUAUGACGUAGACAAGAAAGAGUGCAUCAAGUCGCUCAUACAUAAGAAGUAUCAGUCGUGGGAGAUUCAGUGGAGUCCGGACGACGCCAUUUGCGGACGGAGUGUGUCCAACGAGGUGCACUUCUUCGAGAACGGCCAGCUGGACUCUGUGGUGCACAAGCUGCGUCUGGAGGGACUCAGCGAGUACAGCCUGGCGCCGAGCAGCCGCAACCCGCACGUGGCCGCAUUUAUACCGUCCGUGGGCGGCCGGCCGGCGGGAGCCCGGAUGUUCAAGUACCCCAACUUCUCAGAGGAUGCCGCUGUAGGACGCAAGAGCUUCUUCAACGCCAACUCUGUGGAGAUGAAGUGGAACAGCCGCGGCAACACGUGCCUCCUACUUACAUCUACCGACGUGGACAAGACGGGCCAGUCGUACUACGGCGAGACGUCCAUCUACUGUCUGGACACCAAGGGAGCCACGGCGCACCUCCAGCCCGGCGGCAAGAAGGGCCCGGUGUACGCGUUCGAGUGGAGUCCACUGGGCACGGAGUUCUGCCUCGUCUACGGCUUCAUGCCGGCCAAGGCGACGCUCUACAACAUGAAGGCGGACCCGGUGUUCGAGUUUGAGCCGGCGCACCGGAACGCCGUGUUCUACAACCCGCAGGGCAACCUGCUGGCGCUGGCCGGCUUCGGCAACCUGCGCGGAAAGAUCGAGGUGUGGGACAUGGAGGCGAGGAAACAGGUGGCGGCCGGCGACUGUCCGGACACGACCGAGCUGCGCUGGUGUCCCGACGGCCGCCACUUCACCGUGGCCACCUGCGCGCCGCGCCUCAGACAGGGGAACGGUUUCCGCGUGUGGCACUACACUCUGCAGAUGAUCUACGAGAAAAACAUGGCUGAGAAGCACGAGCUGUACGAGACGUACUGGCAGCCGUUCCCGAGCGGCACCUUCCCCAAGCCGGUGGUGGGCUCGGAGAAGGUGAAGGGCACCAAGCCGUCCCAGCCGCCGCCGGCCAAGACGGCGUACGUGCCGCCCAACAUGCGCGGCCUCAGCAAGACGGGCCAGCCGGAGAGGAAGAAGGUGCUACCGCCGGGGAUGAGCGAGCCGGAGCCAGAGAAGAAAACCAAGUCAAAGAACAAGAAGAAGGGUGGCGGUGACGGCCCGGCCAAGCCGGAGUCGGCGCCGGCCGCCGAGGACGAGCCGUUCGUGCCGCCGUCGGCCGCCGAGCGGACGCCCGCCCCCGCCCCCGCCCAGAGCGGACAGGCCGCCGCCAACGUCGACAGGAAAAAGAAACGGGAAAACCUGAAAAAGAAGCUGAAGGACAUCGCCAAGCUGAAAUCCGACCAGGCGGCGGGCAAGGAGAUGAAUCAAGAGCAGCUGGACAAGAUAUCCCGCGAGGCAGACCUAACUCGUGAGCUGCAGGAGCUGACUGUAUAGCGACGGCUCCCGCUAGGUCAUCCGCGGGGGUCGCGCUGCUUCCCCACCCCUUGUUUGAUAGGAUUUUAUGCCGCCGCGCUGGGGCGGCGGGCGGAUACCGGCUGUGUGCACUGUGCAUUACGUCCCGUGUUCCGACGUGUUUGUUGCGUUUUUGACGACCGAUGAGGCGGGCCACUGUCGGGCCGGCGACGAAUGAGGCCUACCUCACGCCUACUCUAUACAACUUGGUAACAAA